AUGAGUGAAGAUGGCAGCGAUGGGUCCAUUGAUAUAGGACGUCAACUACAGAAGUCUGACGAGCGGAACAAGAGGAAGAGAGACGAACAGGAAGCCGAGGAGUCUGAGUCGUCAUCGAGGAGUAGCCGUUCCCCAGUCUUGGUCCCAGUUGCAGUCGCAGCCCCAGUCGCAGCCCCAGUCGCAGCCCCAGUCGCAGCUUCUCUCCCUCGUCCACGUCUAAGCUUGCAGGAAAUACAACAGCGACACCAGAUGCAGAUACAGGAAAUGCAUCAACAGCGUGCUCUUGUGGUGCCGCCACGAUCUCUGGAAUACUACGACGACGAGUUUGGCCAAGACAUGUACAUGGGGCAACUCAAAGCCCAGGAGUUACGGGAACGACCACCACGUCAUAGGACGACUCCUUCGCCUAAGGUACAUGCACGGACUACCUCCGCCUCUCCCGUAGAGAGAUCGGCCUCACCAACAACGAGGAAAGCUGCAAAGGAAGCUGCCAAACAGGUUCAAAAGAAGAAGAAACAAGACGAAAAGACUUCCAAGAAAGCGGAAGAGGUUAGGCUUGCAAAGCUUGUCUCUGCAAUGAUUGGCGGAUACGACCACACCGCGCACAAGCACAAAAUUGUGUGCGGGCAAGAGAAAAGUCCCAAGGAUGGUGAGAUAUACAAUGUGGCUAUGACAAUGACCCUUCAUAAAGACCAACCCAAAGAAGAAGUCCUGGACUUGUCCAAAUUUACUAGCAAGGACAUCCGUGCUCUCGCUCUCAAGUGUGGAGUCAGGGGAGGAGGAAACAUGACUAUUUUCACUGCAAGGAUGGAGAUUGCACGCAGCAUUCAGAUGGGCAUUAUGUACACUGACCAGUCUAUUGCGAACCCAGGUUCUGAUGCCGCAGCCGUGAGGAUCAACACUCUCAUCAAACUGUUGAAUAUCUGCUUCCACACUGAUAAUUUCACUGCCUUUGUUGCUCUCAACGACAGUAAGGGACGAAAAGAUUACGAAGAACAGCCGCUCUCAGAGCAGGGAGUUAGCGGAAAUCCAGUGAAAGACUUUUGGAUUCUUGUCUCAACAACAAUGAAUGAGACGGAUGAUGAUUCGUUUGACGCCGUCUUAGGAUUGCAAGAGGGGGAAAACGACAGGCUCAGUGCAUGGAACCAAGAAAACGGUUUCAACCUGAAAGACAUCAGCCGCGGCCAUACUUUCAAGACGGUUAAGCAACAUGUGUGUGAUUUGAUGAAGGCACGGGAGAGAUGCCGCAUGGAAAUGAAGAAAUCCGGUGAGCACAGCAACGACCUUUGGACAUACUGUACAACGACAAAGUUUACCAAAGUGAGGAAAUCUACGUCUGCUCUACCUGCCGUUACAUUUUACUACUGUGACUAUCUUUGUGGACAACAACCUGCCAUUGAUGGCAAGUUUGCGGCAUUUAUGGACGAAGAUUUGAAGAGUGACUCUACGGUUGACUUUACUGGGAGUGCUGAUUCGGUUGGUAGCAAAGCGGGAAAACUUGCUGUAUCCGCCGUCGUGGAAUCCCUUGCCACUGCAACCACCGAUUUGAAGGAAGCAAUGAGCCAAAGAAACAACGCGACGGAGGAAGUCUCUCAAACGAAUAGCUGGAAUGACUAUUUCGAUGUCUGCGAUCGGUAUUGUAAAUUGAAGGAGGAUAUCCGCAACGGGGAUUCGUCCAAAGCCCGUAUGGUUGGAGCCAUGGAAGUUCGUAUCCGACAACUUGAAGCGCACUUGAAGAUCGUGCCGGCCAAGUCAGUUAUUGAAACAGAGGAAACUGGCGCAAUAGCCGAAUAA